CCCGGUUGCUGCUGCCCUUGCCCCUUUCCCCUUUCUCCCUAGCCCUGCCUGCCCGCGCUUUCCUCUCACCUCGACCCCUCUUCACCCUCUCCUUGGCUUCAUCUUCCUCCCCAAGCUCAGGCCUCUGGGGCCCCGGUCCCAGGACGCCGCUCAGCUCCGCGUCGCGCACGCUCCUUCUGCACCCCCGCAGCCCCUUCCUCCUUGGAGAAGACUCUUGGGGUGCCCCCAGGCCACUGCACCCACCUUUAUUUUCUACCCGGCCCCUGGCAGGCCCCCCAACUGCCCCCUCGCAGCGCCCCAGCUCGCGCCGCGGGCCCUACCCGACCUCUGUGCCUUCUGCACCGCGGCCUUGCAUUCGCAGGCCCCUCUGCUGACCGCCCCCUUCCUCCUCAGGUGUCCCGUUUUGGGGGGCCCAGAUGUAUCUCUUUUUGAAGAUCUUGGAGCAGGAACAACAAACUCUCCUCUCUUCCUUGAUCAUGCCUCUCCUUGUGCUUUUUCUAGCAAAAAUACUAUUUUUUUUCAGCCAAGAUCUCCCCAAUUUCCAGCAAAAAAUAGGAUAAUAAUAAUAAUAUCGAGACUACAGUCCCCCCCUUUUGGAAUACUUUCCCAAUUACAAGAAACCAACUCAUUUCUUCCAGUUUUUCAUCUAAUGUGUUCGCUUCUCCAAACCUCCCUUCUUACUUUCCCGACAAAAAUCCUUUUCAUCAUCAAUUCUGCCACAAUUAGAUUGUUUUCCCCUAAAAAAGCCUCUAGGUUCCUCUUACCUGGCUGGGAGGGUGGAGAAGAAAUAAGGUUUUGUUUUGUUUUUGUUUUUGUUUUUUAAAAAAGAAAGUAGUUUCCUCCAUCUUUAUCUCUUCAACUUAGUAUUGCUUCACUUGUCUUUCUUCUCAAUUUCAUGCCUGUUUCCCUGCUUGUUUGGGGAUCCAAGUUCUGACUGUCCCUUCCUUUUCACUACCUGUUUUCAGGGCAAAAGAUAUUGGAUGAGUUUUCAAAAAUUACCACCUCACCCUUCCAGGAGGAGAUAGCGAAGGUCCGAUUCCACCUGAACCCCCUUUCCUGUGGAGCCUAAGCCAGGCCCUCCUGUUUCCUGGAGAAUCACUCACUUGCUUUUGGGCACCAGGAACCCACACCAGAUACACAGUCGCCUCUUCAAGAAGACUGCUGAGCCAGGGAGUGGGAUGGGCUAGGGAGCUAGCUGCCAGCAAGUGAUCCCCCUUCUUGACUCUGGACACGACCUUGCUUGUCUGGAGACAGGCUCUGGCCAGGACCUGGCAGUGGAAAGUUAUGGAGCCAUACAGCCUUGGGGAGGAGGGAGCCCUUCCGUCCGAAGGGCACCUCCCUUCCUUCUCUGAGAGUCAAGGGCUCAACUGCAGUGACACACUCAACCGGGACUUGGGCCCCAGCACACGGGACCUGCUCUAUGCUGGCCUAAGUGGUUUGGACCUUGAUCCCAGUCUCUCCACAUCGGAUAUGCCCAGCGAGGUGCUGGAGGACAAUCUGGACACCCUGUCCCUGUACUCAGGGAAGGACAGCGACUCUGUGAAGCUGUUGGAAGAAUAUGCAGACUCCGAAUCCCAGACCUCCUUACAAGACCUGGGGCUGGGAGCACUCAAGGUACCUAAAGAGGCUGAUGAAGGAGGCAGGGCCACUGGGAGUACAAGGAAAGGCAAGCGGCAGCACAGUUCCCCUCAGAACCCGCUCCUGGACUGCAGCCUGUGCGGGAAGGUGUUCAGCAGCGCCAGUUCCCUGAGCAAGCACUACCUGACACACAGCCAGGAGAGGAAACACGUGUGCAAAGUCUGCAGCAAGGCCUUCAAGCGCCAGGACCACCUGACCGGGCACAUGCUCACCCACCAGAAGACCAAGCCCUUUGUGUGCAUUGAGCAGGGCUGCAGCAAAAGCUACUGUGACUACCGCUCCCUGCGCCGCCACUAUGAGGUCCAGCAUGGAGUAUGCAUCCUGAAGGAGGCCCCACCAGAAGAGGAGGGCUAUGGAGACCCAACCCACAACCACGAUGUGGCCAACCAGCCUCCACCCAGUGGCCUGAGGUCCCUGGGACCUCCAGAAGCUAGAUCCCCUGGCUCUGUCUUGCCCAACCGAGACCUCCUUCGCUGUAUUGUAAGCAGCAUUGUCCACCAGAAGAUUCCCUCUCCUGGCCCAGCAGUGGGUCCUUCUGACACUGAGGCAAGGAGCUCGGCCUGUGCCUGCCCCACCUCACUGGGGUCAUCAUCCUGUAUACCAGCCAGCACCCCAGUGGCCCCAGGAACCCUGGGCUCUGAAGUUCCUGAGGAAACUCAUCCCCCACGGAAGGAACCUGCCACUGAAGUGUUCACAGCUGUCCAGUCAAGGGUGGCUGAGAAUGGUGCCCCUGACCCACCAGAGUCAGAGCUGGAGUCAGAGUCUCCACGGCUUCAACGGCCAUCCUCCCUGGAGGGCUGGCCGGAGGGCAGCUCCCUUCCUGCCUGCCUGCCUCUCUUCCGCGGCCACUCUGUUCCCUCAGGAUCCCAGCCAUCCAGCCACAACUUCCAAUGGCUCCGGAACCUGCCUGGCUGUCCCAAGAACAAAGGCAGCAGCAAUGUGUUUAUGGUCCACAAGGCCCCUGCAGUGCCAUCCCGGGAGGGCUCUGAGGGGGGCCCUGGGCCCAGCAGCAUCCCCACCACAGUGGAGCCUUCACCCAGCCUGGGCACCAGCCAGGAGGACCUGCUGCCAUUUCCUCCUGCACUCCUGAAGGCACCUGGUGAGACCUCCAGUGACGUCCGACAGACAGCCGGGGAAGAUGAUGGCUGGGCUCCCAAGAAGAGCAAACCCGACUGUGAGCCAUUCCCAUGGCAGAGCCCCCCAGAGCUUGGGCUCCAAGAUACACAGAACCCAGGUGGGCUCCCCUCAGAUGCCACGCCCCUCUUCCGGCAGCUGUUCAUGAAGUCACAGGAGUCUCUGGUGAGCCACGAGCAGAUGCAGGUGCUCCAAAUGAUUGCCAAGUCCCAGCGGAUCUUCUCCCACACCCAGGUGGCUACAGCCUCAGCCCAGAGACCAGGGCCGGAGGGCAAGCAGUCAGCCCUGAAGCCAUUGCAGGGGCCAUGGCCACCACAGGCCCUGCCACCAGUACCUGCUGUGGACUCCUUCCAGAUAGGCCCUGGACACUCAGAGCCAGAGGGAUCCCCAGUCCGCAGGAGGAAAACCAUGCCUGCAGUGUCCAGAGAAGCAUCUCCUGGUGGCCCGAGGCGAGACACAAAAGGAGGACCCAAAGUGGCCUCUGCACCACCGUCCCUCACAGGGCCAGCUCUGCACCCAUCACGGAAUCCAGACAGCUCUUCUCUGGCCAAAGGGACCUUGGACCUGGGGGACAUUCUCCCCAGUGCAGGCUCACGGCAGUCCCAGUUAGGUGGAGAUGAGCCAGCUGGAACCCAACUGGUUGGGAAACAGGGGCAAGGUGAGAAUGCCCUGGCUCCGGGGGCCAUGAGAGGUGAGAAGGGCCCAGCCUGCCCACGAGGCGGAGGCUACAGGCUCUUCUCAGGCCACCCCAGGGCCCAGAGAUUCUCUGGUUUCCGGAAGGAAAAAGUAAAGAUGGAUGUGUGCUGUGCAGCUUCUCCCAGCCAGGUGGCCAUGGCCUCCUUUUCAUCGGCUGGGCCUCUGGCAGAUCCCCCCCGGGACAUGAAGUCUAAGCUGACAAUCUUCAACAGAAUCCAGAUAUCCUCUCAUCUCCAGGGUGGAAACAUCUACAGGCUCCCCCAUCCAGUGAAGGAAGAGAGCUUGACAGGCGGUUGCCAUCAGCCAAAUGGGGGUCCCACAGACUGGAUGGAGUCAAAGAGCACUUUUGUGUGCAAGAAUUGCAGCCAGAUGUUUUAUACCGAGAAAGGGCUGAGCAGCCACAUGUGUUUCCACAGUGACCAGUGGCCAUCUCCUCGGGGAAAGCAGGAGCAGCAGGGACAAGAGAAAGAUGGGGAAGAGAGAGACAGCAAGGAGAACAACCAGAACAGAAAGCGGAAGAAGCGGCCCCAGCCCAAGGCCCUGUUUGCCCCUCCUGCACCCUCUGCCCUUGGGGAGCCAGGCCCAGGAGGGUGCCACCAGAGCUGCCUACGCUCUCCUGUGUUCCUGGUGGACCACCUCCUGAAGGGCUUGUUUCAAUGCUCUCCUUACACACCACCACCCAUGCUCAGCCCCAUCCGGGAGGGCUCUGGCCUGUACUUCAACACCCUCUGCUCCACGUCCCGGGCUGGGCCCCAUCUCAUCAGCCCUGUGUUUGACCAAAUGGACGGCUCCUUUGGCAUCUGUGUGGUGAAGGAUGACACCAAAAUCAGCAUUGAACCACACAUCAACGUAGGAAGCAGAUUUCAGGCGGAGAUCCCAGAACUGCAGGAGAGGCCGCUGGCCAGAGUGGAUGAGAAUGUAGCUUCUCUGGUCUGGAAGCCAUGGGGAGAUGUGAUGACCAACCCAGAGACCCAGGACAGAGUGAUAGAGCUCUGCAAUGUGGCAUGCUCCAGUGUAAUGCCAGGAGGGGGCACCAACCUAGAGCUUGCCCUCCACUGCCUGCAUGAAGCCCAGGGCAGUGUUCAGGUUGCCCUGGAGACUCUGUUACUCAGAGGACCCCAGAAGCCCCGGACUCACCCGCUAGCUGACUAUCGCUACACAGGUUCAGACAUCUGGACCCCCAUGGAGAAGAGGCUCUUCAAGAAGGCAUUCUGUGCCCACAAGAAGGACUUUUACCUGAUUCACAAGACGAUCCAGACUAAGAGUGUAGCACAGUGCGUUGAAUACUACUACAUCUGGAAAAAGAUGGUUAAGUUUGACUGUGGCCGAGCUCCUGGGCUGGAGAAGAGGGGCAGGAGAGAGCUGGAUGAGGUAGAAAGGACUGAAGACAAGGUCACUUGCAGCCCUCGGGAGAGACCCACCCACCGCCCAACUCCUGAGUUAAAGAUAAAGACCAAGAGUUACAGGAGGGAGUCUAUCCUUCAUUCCAGCCCAAGUGCAGCCCCGAAGCGUACCCCUGAGCCUCCAGGGAGUGUGGAGAGCCAAGGCGUGUUCCCUUGCAGAGAGUGUGAGAGAGUGUUCGACAAGAUCAAGAGUCGGAAUGCCCACAUGAAGCGCCACCGCCUCCAGGAGCACGUGGAACCUGUCAGGGUCAAGUGGCCUGUGAAGCCUUACCCACUGAAGGAGGAAGAGGAGGAGGAAGAGGAGGAGCUAGGGGCUGACAUGGGCCCUCUGCAGUGGUGACUCCUUGCUGGAAGCUGGUUUGCAAGGAGGGAGGAUCCAGCCCUGCGCCAGUGCCCUGGGUCUCUCAGAAGUGUUUGGGGCACCCUUACCCUCUCUGUCCUCUAAAUGCCCAGCUUUGCUAGCAAGCUUGGCUGGCAUUUGGACACGAACAGGCAGAAGCUGUCACAGGUAGCUCUGAAGUCAUGUAGGUGACCAGAGGCUCCAUUCUUUCCUGGUUAAUAGUUGCUUAUUUGCAGUCCCAUUCACUUGGAGCAAGGGACCCUGGGAAGCAGAAGGUUUGGUCUAGGUAGCUUUUAGAUCUGAGCUGUAGGCAUGGGACUGACAUUGGUUAGAGAGAAUCAGUGAGGACACCUGAGAUCCAGUGAGCUGGGCCCUCCUCUGGGUGGGGCCUCCCUGCAUUCCCACCAUCCCUAGUCUUGCAAUGACUGUAUAUUGUUAGGUGUGUUUUUUAUGUGUCUGCUUGUAUCUUAUUAAAUUGGGUUCUUAAACA